CCUCCAUCCUUUCUGAGGUCACAAAGGCCAGACUUGCCAUGGAGCUUCUCCCCUUGGAAUCCUGGGCCAGCGUCUCCCGCAGGGAGAAAAACCUCUUCCUCUCUUCCUCCCCCCUCCCCAGCGCCCUCAGAAGCCUCUCCCAUGGCCCAGCCGGCCAGUCGGUGGGCAGCGCAAGGUCCAAAGCGGGGGUCGGCCUGUUGCUGAUGCCCUCGGUAGCUCCGUCCCUCCUGCGCAGCCAUGCAGAUUGGGUUGGUCAACUGGACAGGCGGGUAUCUGACUGGGGAAUGCUAUGGCGACGGCGUCAGCGUCUUGGGAAACUCACUGGGGAAGAAACAGACCUGGGACCUGGAGGUGACCACGAAGCCUGGGAAGCUGACGGUGGCCGUGCUGAGGGGCCAACAAGGGCGCUGCCUCCUGGUGGACGCGGAUGGCACCGUCCGGUGCGGUCACCCGGCCUCGGGGCGGCAGAGCCAGUUUGUGCUGGAGGUGCACUCCAGCGGGGCCUGGAGCCUCCAGCACCUGGAGAGCAAGAAGUUCCUGGAGUCGGACGGGGAGGACGUCUUCUGCGUCUGCAGAGAGCUGACGCGCCGCCACAUGUGGAUGCCCCAGCUGGCCAUGCAUGCGCACGUGGUCCUCUUCAACCCCAGCAGCCGGCUGUACGCGCGGACUGACCCCGAGCUGAACCGCGUCUGGGUGGACACGCCGGUGCCUUACUGCGAGGAGUGCGGCUUCGUCCUGCGUCUGCGCUGCGGCGUCUGCCACCUGGAGACGUCCAACCACAAGUACGUCUCCCGGCUGGAGAAGCUGGCCAAGAAGCCCUCGGCCGAGACGGCCUUCCACCUGAACCUGAGGCCCGGCUGCCUGGCCUUCCUGACCGACAGGGAGGGGCACAUCCUGUACCCGCAGGGCAGCCGGGGGCUCCUGUGCCUCGGAGACUGCCCCGAAGACAACGAGGAGUGGUUCGUCAUCAAGAGGUGCCCACAGUGGGUCAGCCUGAGAACCAGGGCCAAGAAGUACAUGGGCAUCCUCUGCGACUCAGAGGUCUACGCAGGCUCCAAAAAGGCGACCCCCAUGACCACGUUCCUCUUUCAUGUCAGUCCCGAUGCCCAAACCGUGCAGCUGAAAGACAUCAACCACAAGUACCUGGCGCAGAGGGAGUUCCAGAGUGUGAUGGCCGACGGCUGCAGCAAAGAACCUGAGACCCACUUCAGCAUCCUGUGGCAUUAUGGGAAAAUCUUCCUGAGGGCGCUCAACGGCCGCUACCUGGGCACCCUUCCUGUCGGGCUGGUGGUCGCCAGAGCCAUGCAGCCAGGGCCCCACGAGGAGUUUGGCCUGCGCCUGGCCAACCGCUCCUUCCUGCUGUUGCGCGGCUGCUACGGCUACGUGGGGAGCUCCUCCUGCCACGAGGCCCUGCAGUGCAACCUCCUGGAGCCAGACUGCAUCGAGCUGCUGCCCUGCAAGGAGGGCAUCUACCACUUCCAGAGCCGCGGCAAGAGCUUUUGGUGCCUGACUUCGGAAGGGACCUUCAGCCCCUGGGGGAAGUUUGCCUUGAAUUUCUGCGUCGAGAUCCGAGGGAACAACCUCCUGGCCGUGCUGGGACCCAAUGGGUACUUCCUGCGUGCGGACCGGGAGGGCUGCCUGGUGGCCGACAGCGAGGAAGUGACCUGCGAGUGCCUCUGGGAGUUCUAGGCCUCGGGCAGGUGUCUGCAGGAGAGGAGGAACAGAAACCCAGCGGAGUCCUUGUUGGGCCAGCCAAGACGUCCUAAUGCCUUGGCCUUCUCUCCGCGGCCUCAUCCGUACUCAUCAUCAAGAGGCCUGGAAGCAGCAGCAGCAGAGGAAAAGGAGGGGGCUCUUCCCUCCCACCCACAAAGGGGGCCUCACCCGCUGCCGUUCUCCCCCAUGGAGGUGAAGGGGCAGAUGCCGCCAGAGGAGGAUUUGGGGCUGGGGUGUGGCUCCUCCCCUCUUGCAGGACCACUCAGGUGUCUUCUGAAAAGGAGCAAAAAGC